UCGUGUUGGUAAACAAAGUUUGCACAUGUGAAGCUGUCAAAUGUUUGGUACUAUGAUAUAGCUCAAAAUAAGAGAUAACAGCCAAAAUGGUUGAAGUUGUGAGGUCUUCAUUUAAAGAACAAUACCCUUUAAUUGCUGAAAAUAUCAGAAAGUGUGAUUUUAUUGCUUUGGACACUGAAUUUACAGGAUUAAAAAUAAAUGAACAGAUCAAGUCAAGUUUGUUUGAUGAUGGUGCUGAAAGAUACAAAAAGUUGAGGAAGACAAUAACACAGAUAACCAUUUGUCAGUUAGGUUUGUCGAUUUUUACAAAAGAUCAAAAAGAGAACAGAUAUGGAGCUAAGACCUACAACUUCUACCUUUACCCACAGUCUUUUGGACCAGUAGAUGAACGCUUCUUUUGCCAGGCUUCAAGUUUGCAGUUUCUAUGUAAAUAUGACUUUGACUUUAACAAGUUUAUUUAUGAGGGAAUUCCCCACUUGAAUGAUCACCAGGAGCAAAUGAUUAGAGACCAUAUUGCAAGCAAAGCCAUGUUUACUGGCUUAGAAAGAGAUUUAGAUGAGAAUGCUAUACAAAAGAUCUGUUCAAAGGUUGCUGACUGGUUGGUUAAUACAGAUGAAGAUAAUAAGAUGGUAUUGACAAAAAAUGAAAUGGAGAGGAUACCUAUGUAUGUAUUGAGCACAGAACUGAGAGGCAGAUUCCCUGGUAUUUGGACUAUAAUAAAUAAGGAACAGAAAUGUAUAGAAAUUGAGAAAAUAGCAGCAGACAAGAGGCAAGAAUUGGAAAUCUCAGAAAAAUCAGAUCAAAGACAACAAGAGGAGGCGCUGUUAGAGAAAAUGCUAGGAUUUACACGUAUAUUUAGACUAAUGAAACAGUUAAAAAAGCCUUUACUAGCACACAACUGUAUGAUGGACCUAAUGUUGAUAUAUGAUAAAUUCUACAAACCGCUACCUGUAUCCUAUACAGAAUUCAAGACAAACCUUCAUAUGAUGUUUCCUAAAGUGUUUGAUACAAAACAUAUCGCAUCUAGUGUGAGACGGGAGAUGGAGGAGACGGGUUUGGUGCAAUACACAAAUUUAGGUGAUCUCUAUAAAGAUUUAGAAAGUGAGAAGGGACAAGAACUUGUGUUACAUCCUCCUGCCAUAGUACAUGCCGAAGGGUUUGAAAGAUAUAUAUCUGAUGUUCUACCUCAUGAAGCUGGUUUUGAUGCCUACAUGUGUGGCUUUGUGUUUCUUAGAUAUGGCCAUAUACUGACUUUCAAGAAUACAAAGUCAUCAGAAGUUAUACCAUGUAUGUUUAGGAGAUAUUUACAGACAUUAGAAAACUAUACCAACAGGAUCAACAUAAUCAGGGCUACAGUUAAUCAUAUUAAUUUAGAGGGACCAGAUCAGGAAUCUAGAAGACCUGAACUGCUGUAUGUACGAAGUAGAAUGUUUAAACAAAAGUUAAACAUUGACCAGGUAAAGUUGGCCAAGUGGUUUUCUCCAUAUGGGUCUGUAGAUGUGAAAGCCUAUGGUCAGUCUAGAGCACUUGUGGCUACCUCAAACUACAGUUGUGCAAGAGAUAUCUUACGAGCUUUCAAGAAGCACAACACAAUUUAUGUGACCAAAUACAGCGUGUGGAAACACUCCCCUGUUGUUAGAGGGCUCCUAUGGUCAGGAGUUUUGCUGACAGGAAGUGUUUGUGUGCUGGCUUUGCUGUCAGGAGAUAAGAAUUCUUGAAUAUCCCCAAGACUGGACUGUUAAACUGUUACAUGGUGCUGAGUAGGCUGAGCAGGCCCUGUUGAUUGACAGAGUAGUGCUGGAAAAAUAUUUCUUGUUAUAUAUUGAACAUCCAGAACAGUAAAAAACGAAGCAACAAUAGCUCUACAAAUAAACAGAUAAAACAGAAGAGCAGGCUCGUUGUAAACACAGCAGCUAGCAAGAUGUUUAUUUGAAUUUGAAUUUAAUGUGAAUCUGAGUGUGAAUUUUUGAAUUAAUUGUGAGUUUUAACUCCCAGAGCGGAAGUAUCUUUGGGCAGGCCUAGUUUUAAGUUUGUUUUUAUCAUAGCGGUUUUGUCUGGGACCAAUACCUGGAUUACCUAAAUAAACAAGAAAAUGCAAAAUGUCAGGGUUUGUAUUUUGAAAACCUACCAUUGUUCAUUGCUUUUUAAUAUUUACAUUUGUAAAUCAUUAUACUUUAGAUACAAUUUUACUUUCAAAUUGGUUGAAAAUUUGAAGAAAACACAUGUAUUUUACUUUGUCAGAUAAAAGGGAAGUAAUUACCAACAAUAAAAAAGAAUAUUUA